AUGCAAAAGGUACGCUCUUAUUAUUUAUUUAAAUUUGUUUUCGAGCUGCUUAUAAAAUUACUAUUUCAUAUUAUUCCCUCUCGAGCCUUCUUUUCACUUCGUUUUUUACUUAAUUUCUCUAAGAGUUCAUGUUUGUUCUCUCUUGUGAUAUAUUGCUUAUAAUCCAUAAUAAUUUCUUUAUAUACUUUCCAAGAUAAUUUAACCCUCCCACCUAAAAGGAAUUAAUAAUAAUCUG